UCCGAAUUCCAGGGGGGCGGGGCGGAGCCGGCGCCGGGAUGCAGCGAGCUCGGGCGGCGCCUGUGUGCGGCGGCGCGGCCCGGCUCCGGCCCCGCCGGGGCGAUGCUCCCCGGGGCGGCGGGUGAGCCAGUGACUCCCCUGGCCCUGGGCAUGGCGGACCCGGUGGCGGGCAUCGCGGGCUCUGCGGCCAAGAGUGUGCGGCCAUUCCGAUCCAGCGAGGCCUACGUGGAAGCCAUGAAGGAAGACCUGGCCGAUUGGCUCAAUGCCUUGUACGGUCUAGGUCUGCCCGGCAGCGGCGAGGGCUUCCUCACGGGGCUGGCCACAGGCACAACCCUGUGCCAACACGCCAACGCUGUCACCGAGGCCGCCCGGGCUCUGGCCGCUGCCCGCCCAACCCGAGGUGUGGCCUUCCAGGCACACAGUGUGGCGCCUGGCUCCUUCAUGGCCCGAGACAACGUGGCCACUUUCAUCGGCUGGUGCCGGGCGGAGCUGGGGGUGCCCGAAGUGCUCAUGUUCGAGACGGAGGACCUGGUCCUGCGGAAGAACGAGAAGAGUGUCGUGUUGUGCCUGCUGGAGGUGGCCCGGCGCGGGGCGCGCCUGGGCCUGCUGGCCCCGAAGCUGGUCCAGUUCGAGCAGGAAAUUGAGCGGGAGCUUCGGGCUACCCCGCAGGUAUCCAGCGCCCCUGCUGCUGAAGAGGAUGCCACCGAGAUGGUCACUGCCUCGGGGGCUCCCUCCCGCACGCCCCGAAUGACGCUCAAUGACCUGCGGAACCUGGACGAGCUGGUAAGGGAGAUCCUGGGCCGUUGCACCUGCCCCGACCAGUUCCCCAUGAUCAAAGUCUCGGAGGGCAAGUACCGAGUGGGAGACUCGAGCUUGCUUAUCUUUGUAAGGGUGCUGCGGAGCCACGUGAUGGUGCGCGUGGGUGGCGGUUGGGAUACGCUGGAGCACUACCUAGACAAGCAUGACCCUUGCCGCUGCUCCUCGGCGGCGCACCGGCUGCCCCCGCAGAGGGCCGGGACUUUCUCCCCGCAGAGGGGAUCGCCCACUCCUAGCCCUCGCCCUGGUAGCCCCGUCCCUGGGAGUGAGCGCCGGGGCUCCCGGCCAGAAGUGACCCCCAUCAGCCUGCGGAGCACGAAGGAGGGGCCCGAGGUCCCGCUCAGGCCCCGAGAUCAGCUGCCCCCCCUCCCCCGCUCCCGCCGCUACUCCGGGGACAGUGACUCCUCCGCCUCCUCGGCCCAGAGUGGCCCCCUGGGUGCCCGCAGCGACGACACGGCCACUGCCUCCCGCAGGGAGCGGCCCAGCCACCGGUUGACCUCGGCUGUCCCGGCCUCCCCGAGACGGCCGCCCGCCCCUCGCAGCCAGUCUCGAGACCGGCUGGACCGGGGACGGCCCCGCGUGGCCCCGGGCGGCCGAGGCUCUCAGCCGUCCGCCUCCAGCCCCGUGCGUCGCGCCCGCAGCCAGAGCCGCGAGGAACAGGCGGUCCUGAUGGUGCGCAGGGACCAAGACGGGCAGCACUCGUGGGUAGCCCGGGGCAGGGGUGGCGGGGGGUCGGGGGGUUCUGGAAGGAGCACCCCGCAGACACCGCGUGCCCGCAGCCCUGCGGCGCCCCGCCCUCCCCGGGGCCCCAGCCCCAGCCCAGAACUGGCUGCCACACCCGCCAGCGUUUUCCGCACGCCACUGCAGCUUGACCCGCAGCAGGAGCAGCAGCUGAUCCGGCGACUGGAAGAGGAAUUCUUGGCCAAUGCCCGAGCCCUGGAGGCUGCUGCCAGCCAUACCCCUAUGGGACCCGCCCCUGACCCCCCAGCUCCGGACUCUGCUUACUGUUCGUCCAGCUCCUCAUCUUCAUCCCUCAGCGUCCUGGGUGGCAAGUGUGGCCAACCGGGGGAAUCGGGCCGCACAGUCAAUGGGCUGCCCACGCCCCGCAGCCAGGCUCUGUCCAGUUCUUCUGAUGAAGGCAGCCCCUGCCUUGCUGUGGGGCGGGCGCUGGAUGCAACCAGGAGCUCUCUGACUGGCCCAGAACCCUCGCUGACCUUGGCAAGGGGGCGGAUGGACACACAGCCAGACCGUAAACCCUCACGCAUUCCCACACCUCGGGGACCCCGCCGCCCAUCAGGACCCAUGGAGCUCGGGGCUUGGAAUGCCCUACAGUCGGUCACCCCAAGGACCCAACCAGAUUCUUGAAUGUGAUGGACCGGCUCAACUGCACCCAUACCCCAUUCCAUUUUCUUUGUGGCCUUAACCUACCCUCUGCAUCAGGGACCCCCCCCCCUCCACCUCUUGAGCACCAGACCUCAUGGGACCAGACCCCACGGGACCACAUGGCACAAUGGGACACCUGUUGUACAUUCCGGUUUCGGGGAUGAGUGUUGCUAUUUAAUUACUAAUAUUAUUGAAUGCCUUAGAGGAGACCGGGCCACCCCGGUGUCCUGAGGACCUGUGGUCCAGUAAACAGAACCUCUGACAGUCAA